AUGUUGCUGUCCUUGACAAUUUUUCUUGCUGGACGAAAACAGUAUAAAAAAAAUCCACCAACUGGUAAUCUGUUUGCCAAAGUUUGUGGCUGCAUUUUUUACUCUUUAAAACAGUGCUGGGUGCAACGACAUAACAAAAUGCAUUCCCAUUGGUUAAACUUGGCACUGGAUAAAUAUGAUCCUGUAUUUGUGGAAGAAGUAAAAUCCUUAUUACGUGUCCUUGUGAUGUUUUUACCCCUGCCUUUGUUCUGGGCACUGUUCGAUCAACAGGGCUCAAGAUGGACGCUUCAGGCCCAAUUAAUGGAUGGUAGUCUGGGAAGUUUAGGCAUUUUAAAGCCUGAUCAAAUGCAAGCCUUAAAUCCGAUCCUCAUAAUUAUGAUGAUUCCUUUGUUUGAAAGUGUUAUUUACCCAAUUAUGGAUAAAUGCCGAAUACCCAACAGACCUUUGCAGAGAAUGGUAACAGGAAUGAUAUUUGCAACAUCUGCUUUUCUUAUGGCAGAUCAGUGGAUCACCAUGAUCAAUGUUGCUACUUGUGAAAUCUCUGUUGAGUCUGUCUAUUAUACAGGAAACCUCAAAUACCUUCAGUCAUCUAAUUUUACACGGAACAUGGCAGGAAAUUUGACAAUUAAAUACUCUAAAAGCUGUGUCACAAAUGAUAUGGUAGAGUCUGACAUUUACUUGGAGAAUGGCCAGGCUAGCCGUCUAUUUUUUUAUGAAAAAUAUGCCAAGAUCCAUAUUCAAACAGCAAAUGAUCUAACAGAUAAACCACCAAAGGGCAUGGCAGCUAUCAGCCUCUUCAGUAUGCUUCCCAAAGAAAACUUAGAAGUGAUAAAACUAAAAGCAAUAAGUACAUACACAGUUAUCAAUUUCACAGAAAGCACAGCAUCACCAUUUUUUUAUGUAGAUCCUGCAAUGUAUGAAGUAUAUGGUUUAAAUAAAGAUGAUGAAUGGUUUGACACUAACCAUACAUUAGAGAUUAACAGUGGUGCCUCCUACACUGUUGUAGCUAUACCUCAUGGUCAAAAGAAAAAGUUUGAUAUGAAGAUUUAUCAAGGACUUACCAGUAAUUCUGUUUCAAUGCUCCUUCAAAUCCCCAAAUAUAUUUUGAUAACUACAGGAGAAGUAAUUUUUCCAUUACUGGAUUAUCAUUUGCCUAUUCUCAGGCUCCAUCAUCAAUGA